AUGGAAGGCAGCAGUAGCAGCAGUAGCAACAACGACGCGGGUGAGCCGAAAUCCGGGUGCUGCACCGCCGCGGUGGACAACAACAACGACGUUGUGACCGCCGCGGCCGCGGCCGCAGCGGCAAAGGUGGCAAGAAGAGCGGCCGCUGUUGUGGCGGCUAAGCGAGCGGCGAAAUCUCGUACCUUGGAGAUGGAAAACAAGCAGUACCUGGAUUUACAGGCCGAGAUUGAGAGGCGGAAGACCUGGGGGACGACAGGCGACAACUACCAGCCGGGCCCAAGCGGUGCGACCGAAGACCGCAGCAACUCGGACCCUGAAGGAAGGAUCUUCGCCGCCGCCGUCCAGGCUGUCAUGGCCAACCAUGCGGUGAGAGAGUCCGAGAUCACGAUCACCGUCUCGCCGACCACCGGCGGCCAGUUCGAUCUGGACGUGCUCAAGACCGAUUCGGUAGAAAGUCUGAAGAAAAUGAUCUCCAAACGGCUGAGAGUGCCCAAAGAGCGGAUAUGCCUGCUGUACCGCGAGAGGCAACUAAGAGAUGGCUCGUUGGACGACAACCAGUUGAUGCAAGGAAGCCGCCUCACCCUAUUGCCCAGCGUGGAAACCGGUCUUCUGGUUCAGAGACCAGAACAAAGUGUGAUGCAGGCGUUGGAAAGUUUGAACGACUCUCAGGUCAACGAUUUCCUAUCGGGCAAAGCACCAUUAAACCUCACGAUGAGACUGGGCGAUCACAUGAUGCUCAUCCAGCUGCAAUUAUCGACGGUGUCGUCGUCAGGUUCGUCGAAACGACUGCAGACCGCUGCCUCGACCGUAGCCAGCACCGGUGCAGCGGCGGCCACACUAAACGCGUCGACCGUGGCGCCCGAACCACCCCAGGCCACUGCGACGGCGGCCACCGCGUGUUCUGCCGGCAACAUCAUCGGCACCCCUAGACUGAUCCCCGGCGUGGACGCUUAUCCGAUCACUCGCGUCCGUAACGUAUCCGAUGACAGCGACGACAACUCGAUGGAUACGACCGAGGAAGUGUCACCUCCGCCCCCGGCACCGAUAGUGGCCGCGGCUGCAGCCGCUGCAGCAGCAGCCGCCACAGCUGCAGCCGCAGCAGCCGCCGCCGCUGUACCCACGCCCGCACCGGCGGUGACGCCUUGCUCUUGCGACGCGAGCACGUCGACAGCGUCCCCCAACACGGCCACGGGAGACAAACCGCAACUGGACACCCGAGCUCUCGCCGAGGCUUCGCGGAACCUCACUCAGACCCUAAAACAACUGUCUUCGGAAGUACUCACCACGAAAAGCGGUUCCAAAGAGAUGCACAUUGGGUUCAAACGAAGGCCAGGUGCCAUAAUCGAGAGCAUGCAACAUCACGGCAAAGGCGUUUACUCUGGAACAUUUUCUGGCACCUUAAAUCCAGCCUUGCAAGAUCGCUUUGGCCGUCCAAAACGUGACAUUAGUACCAUUAUUCAUAUACUUAAUGAUUUACUGUGUGCAACACCACAGUACAGAGCUGCUGCUAGAUCAGGCACACCAGCUGUCUGCACAGCCACUACACUUUCUCCUACUGCUGCAGCUGCUCAAGCUGCUACACCAUUUUCUACCGCAAAUAGUAUGUCCGCUCAAACCUCUGCUAAUUCUGAUAAUACCGAGAGUGAGACCAAAGAAAAUGCAGCUACUCGUGGAAAAAUGGAACGCUUACGUUUGAUUAUGGAAGAGAAACGUGAACGACGUAGGGCUGGUCGCAACGUGCCUUAUGACAAAACUAAAGCAGGGACACAGUGGUCCGCAAAGUCAGAAACCCAGAGUGUUGCUCCAUCAGAUCCCCCUGCAGACCCAACAUUACCUCCUGAACAAGUUGUUGUUUGA